CGUCCUCUCAAAACCCCUCCUAACCCUAGCCGCCUCCUGCACGCUUCUCCUCCGCUCCCCGCCCCGCCUCGAGCAGCUCAGGAACGCGCGCAGCCAUGGCGACGGAGACCGAGACCUUCGCCUUCCAGGCCGAGAUCAACCAGCUCCUCUCGCUCAUCAUCAACACCUUCUACUCCAACAAGGAGAUCUUCCUCCGCGAGCUCAUCUCCAACUCCUCCGAUGCCUUGGACAAGAUCAGGUUCGAGAGCCUCACGGACAAGAGCAAGCUCGAUGCGCAGCCCGAGCUCUUCAUCCACAUCAUCCCCGACAAGGCGACCAACACGCUCACGAUCGUCGACAGCGGCAUUGGCAUGACCAAGUCGGACCUCGUCAACAACCUCGGGACCAUCGCCAGGUCGGGGACCAAGGAGUUCAUGGAGGCCCUCGCCGCCGGCGCCGACGUGUCCAUGAUUGGGCAGUUUGGUGUCGGUUUCUACUCCGCCUACCUCGUCGCCGAGAGGGUUGUCGUCACCACCAAGCACAACGACGACGAGCAGUACGUGUGGGAGUCCCAGGCCGGUGGCUCCUUCACCGUCACUCGUGAUACGUCUGGGGAGCAGCUCGGCAGGGGUACCAAGAUGGUCCUCUACCUCAAGGACGACCAGAUGGAAUACCUUGAGGAGCGCCGCAUCAAGGAUCUAGUUAAGAAGCACUCUGAGUUUAUCAGCUACCCCAUCUCCCUGUGGACUGAGAAGACCACUGAGAAGGAAAUUUCUGAUGAUGAAGAUGAGGAGGAGAAGAAGGAUACUGAGGAGGGCAAGGUUGAGGAUGUUGAUGAGGAGAAGGAAGAGAAGGAAAAGAAGAAAAAGAAGAUCAAGGAAGUCUCUCAUGAGUGGAACUUGGUCAACAAGCAGAAGCCUAUCUGGAUGAGGAAACCAGAGGAGAUCAACAAGGAAGAGUACGCAGCUUUUUACAAGAGCUUGACCAAUGACUGGGAGGAGCAUUUGGCUGUCAAGCACUUCUCUGUUGAGGGUCAGCUUGAGUUCAAGGCUGUCCUGUUUGUGCCCAAGAGGGCCCCCUUCGACCUCUUUGACAACAAGAAGAAGGCCAACAACAUCAAGCUGUACGUGCGCCGUGUCUUCAUCAUGGACAACUGUGAGGAGUUGAUCCCUGAGUACCUGAGCUUUGUCAAGGGUAUUGUUGAUUCAGAGGACCUUCCCCUGAACAUCUCCCGUGAGACUCUCCAGCAGAACAAGAUCCUCAAGGUCAUCAGGAAGAACCUUGUCAAGAAGUGCAUUGAGCUCUUCUUUGAGAUUGCUGAGAACAAGGAGGACUACAACAAGUUCUACGAGGCCUUCUCCAAGAACCUCAAGCUUGGCAUCCACGAGGACUCCCAGAACAGGACCAAGAUUGCCGAGCUUCUGAGGUACCACUCCACCAAGAGUGGCGAUGAGCUGACAAGCCUGAAGGACUAUGUGACCAGGAUGAAGGAGGGACAGAACGAGAUCUACUACAUCACUGGUGAGAGCAAGAAGGCUGUGGAGAACUCUCCCUUCCUUGAGAAGCUGAAGAAGAAGGGAUAUGAGGUCAUCUACAUGGUUGACGCCAUUGAUGAGUAUGCCAUUGGUCAGCUCAAGGAGUUUGAGGGGAAGAAGCUUGUCUCUGCCACCAAGGAGGGUCUGAAGCUUGAUGAGAGCGAGGACGAGAAGAAGAAGCAGGAGGAGCUCAAGGAGAAGUUCGAGGGUCUGUGCAAGGUCAUCAAGGAGGUGCUGGGUGACAAGGUGGAGAAGGUCAUCGUCUCUGACCGUGUUGUGGACUCUCCUUGCUGUCUGGUGACUGGUGAGUAUGGGUGGACUGCCAACAUGGAGAGGAUCAUGAAGGCCCAGGCCUUGAGGGACUCGAGCAUGGCUGGCUACAUGUCGAGCAAGAAGACCAUGGAGAUCAACCCUGAGAACGCCAUCAUGGACGAGCUUCGCAAGCGCGCCGACGCCGACAAGAACGACAAGUCUGUCAAGGACCUUGUGAUGCUGCUCUUCGAGACCUCCCUGCUCACCUCCGGCUUCAGCCUGGAGGACCCCAACACCUUCGGCACCAGGAUCCACCGCAUGCUCAAGCUUGGCCUGAGCAUUGACGAGGACGACGAGGCGCCUGAGAACGACACCGACAUGCCACCCCUGGAGGAUGACGCUGGUGAGAGCAAGAUGGAGGAGGUCGACUAAGCGCAAGGCCGUCGGCUGUCGUCGUUGGAUGUCCAUGCCCUGCGUUGUUUUUAUCUUUAGUGUCGAAGUUCGAUGGUUUUGGCACGUUUAGCUGUAUCGGUUUUGUCUUUUGGCUGGCCAAACAUUAAGCGCGGUUAGCUGUUUGUGGUACUCGUGGAACAGUUCGUUAUUGUUGGUUCUACAAUAUGUGUUAGCUAUAUUUUUAUAUUCCCUGCUAUUGCUUGCA